AUGUCCGAGGCACAGUCAACAACUAACACACACUCUGAACGUAAGAGGAAGGUUCUAAGGAAAAAGCCUGAAUCCAAAAUGUCAGCAAAGCGUCAUGUUUGGUUAGCAGGGCAUAUCCUGACUUUGGUGUUUGGUAUUGCUUACGAUGUAUUGUACGUUACGCUGAGAUCCCGUUCGACUUGGUUAGCUCCUCUGUUUUAUCGAAUUUCGUUGCUAGGAGUUCUUGCUUGCUACACAUUAACAAUUCUAACAGUUUUUGGUUCCAGAGCAAUACCCUCAUAUUUUACGCUUUUAGCAACGGAGAAUUUCAGAUACCUGUUGGUUGCCAUUAUAUGGUUUUUUAGCGGCAAUUCACUGUUCAAGCUCUUACCAUACACUUUAAUUUCGAUCCUGCACCUCGGUAAGUACUUCAAGCUUAAUCCAAUUCUCAGGUUAGAGCCUAUUUUCAAGAAAAUUAUUGUGUACAAUGAGCUCUACGUCAUGUUAGUGAUACUGGCGGAUACAUUUAUGCUACGCGGUGAUUCAGGGUUUGCCCUCGUGGGCUACAUUAUGAUUUAUUGGUUGCGUCUGCUCUACUCACCCCAGUCCAGACAGGUAUUGUAUUUCUUCAUCAUCAGAUUGGAUGGUUUGGUUAAGUCUCAAAAAAACAAGUACAUGGUUAGCAUUUGGGACAACUUUAUUGACUACCUGAAAAGAAAUCAGGACUACGACGCUGCAUUCGUCGAGGAAGAAAACAAGACUGCUGAAACUUCAGCCCCCGUCACAAAAGAAAAAACAAUAAAUUCCGCUCAUAUGUCUAGUAAGGAACAUCUGGUUAAUUCAGUGAUUUCUGGAGUAUCAAAAGUUGGAGGAGGAAUCUCAGGCGGUGUCAGUAAGGGGGUCGGAGCCCCAAAGAAGGUUCUUUCAAUGGCAAGUUCAAAGAUUCCUGGAAGGCGUGGGUCUGGUGGCUGA